AUGGCCACCACGCAAGCCCGGCCGCCAUCACCGACUCCUUCACAACUUCCACCCGUCCCAGCAUCGCCGACUUACUCCUACGCGUCGACCGCAAAUCCCAUCUCGGCAUACAACCUCCCUCUGCCACCGCCGCCCCGAGCCGCCCAUGCCGUCCUCACCAAGUCCGAUCUGGAGCAGUCCCAGGCUGCAUAUGCAGAAGUGCUCUCCAGCGCAAAGUCCUACCGCUUAGCCCUCGCCGCGCUGUCUACUGCCGCCUCGGCCUUCGGUUCCGCGCUCGAGUCCUGCGCUCGGCUCAAGGAGGCGCGCGCUGACGCCCUCGGUCCUCCCGCCGCAGCCUCCUUGUCGAAUAGCUUCAACGCCAAGGGCUCCUGCACGGCAGACAGCCUGCUCGCCGCGGCGGGCGUGCACCACCUAGUCGCGAACCACCAGCAGAUCCUGUCCGAGACGGUGUACCGGUCGUUCGAGGUGCCGCUGCUGCACGAGCUGGACAAGUGGCGGCGGGACGUGGAGGACGAGGAGGAGGGCUACGUGCGGGCGGUCAAGAAGCAGAGCCAGGAGAUCCGGCGGCUCGAGAAGGAAGGGCUCAAGCUGCACCGCCAGCGGCGGCGCGACGUCGCCAAGUUCCGCAGCCACCUCGUCGAGCUGACGACCAAGCUCGACGGCCUGACGACGCUCAACGCCGAGCACGCGCGCACGCUGCUGCGCGAGAGCCAGGACACGAGCGUCAAGAUCCUCGACGCCAGUUGCAGCCUCGUGCGCGCCGAGGUCGACAUCUUCGAGAGCCUCGCGCGCAAGGGCUGGUCCGGCGGCGGGCUCGACGACCUGCUGGAGAAGGGGACCGAUCUGUUUGCCAGCGACGACGCGGCGGGCGAUGGGUCGGGCGGCAUCAACGAGUCGAGCAAGCUGUUUAGCAUCCUGCCGCCGAAGAGCAUCCUCGCCGAUUCGGCGUCGGAUACCGCCGCCCGCCAGGGCCACUUUCGGGGCGAUAGCCUGACCGAUGCUGCAAUCCCGUAUCAGAGUUUGUCGGGGGCCAUGUCGCAACCAAGGCUCGGAGGGGAUACGGAUAGUGUGUUUUCAGAAGUUGCGCGAUCGAGGAUGAUAAGGCCGUUCUCGCCGCCUCCUGUCAAGGUGAACCCAGAGGACGUGAUGGGUGACGGAACCGGGGAGUCCUCGUCCUCAAUGGCGAAGGCGUUGGAGGAAUCUCGAGCACGGUUCAAGUUGCCCCCGGGGGACUUGACACCCGAGGAGGAAGAGGAGGAGCAGGAAGAGGACCAGCCGUGGAGAAAAGAGGGCCGGAACUCAGGAGAACAAGACACACCAAGCGCAAGCAUGCAGAGCUCCCAGCAAAGAGAAAGGAGGUGGAGUGUGAACGAAGAUCAGGUAGAUUAG